ACCAAUGUAUAGACUAUGGAGGAUCUGAAAGAGAAGAAGGAGAAGGUGGAGGAGAAGGCAAGCCGGAAAGAGCGAAAGAAAGAAGUGGUAGAGGAGGAAGAAAACGGAGCUGAGGAGGAAGAAGAAGAAACUGCUGAGGAUGGAGAGGAGGAAGAUGAAGGGGAUGAAGAAGAUGAGGAAGAAGAAGAAGAGGAUGACGAAGGGCCCGCGCUGAAGAGAGCUGCCGAAGAGGAGGAUGAAGCGGAUCCCAAGCGGCAGAAGACAGAAAAUGGGGCAUCGGCAUGAGCCCCCUGCCAAUGGGCUGGGGGUAGUAGGCCCCUCAGGGCCUGGAGGUGUGGGUGGAAACAGACAAGUACAGCCACCCUUCACCUGGCUCCCUGCUCUGGAUCCUGCACCAGAACUGCCACCCUUUCUCCCCAGCCUUCUCAUUUCCGCCUCUCCAGACACACUGUCCCUCCAUCCUCACUCUGCCAUUGUUCCACCUCCUGACCUGCUCCAUUGAGCUCCCCAGCUGGUCCCCAGUGGCCCUUCUCCCCUCCUUGCUCUCUUCCUCCCUUUCCUCACCCACCAUGGCACUUGUCCUCGUCCUUGGGUAGCCUCUCCUACCUACUCUUUGCAUCCCCCAGCCUCAUGUCCUGCCCUAUCCCUCUCCUGCCUGAUCCCUGGGUCUCCCUCAGAUCCCCUCCUGUCAGACAGCGCCAGGCCGGGGUGGGGCCGGGGUUGGGGCCGAGCCCCACAGCUGCCCCCCUCCCCUCCCCUUUUUGUAUAAUUUAAUAAAGAAAUGGUCGCGCUUCUGUUUUUAA